GAAAAAGCAGAGCUGACUUUCCCUGCCUGUGUGUGUGUGGAUAUGACAGCGAGUGUAGCCAGCCAAUCAGAGCGCGCCUCCUGAGCUGCAGCAGGCUGGCAGAUUUGGGAGCUCUAACGGUUCUCUUCUGGACUGGGUUGAGCUGCUGCACACAUACUCUCUGUGUGACUUAAAAAAAAAAUGUGGUGGAACAUCAGGAGCGCUCCUCCGUAUUCCAAAGCCUUGUCAUCUUUUAAGGAAAGACUGAGAAGAUGUUUCGUGGAAAUCUGCCAUUGCCUCCAGUGAGUCUCCAGUGGACGGCAGCUCCCCAACGAAUCAACACGUCUAGCUCUUGGCCCACGAUGUGAGUGCUGCCCGCCGGGUCUCUGCGACAACAGGAUUUUAAACCAUGGCCAUCAGCCAAGUCCUGCGAACUGGUCCGAUCGGCAUCUAGAUCCGCCCACCGCGAGAGAGACCUCUGGGUGAGCGAGAGCAGGAGUUCAAACGUUGCGACUCUUUAACAUGAGAGCAGCCAGCAGACCUGCCUGUCUGUCCCCUCUGCUGCUGUGCCUAUGUGUGCUCCAGAGGAGCUAUGGGACCCCAUCUCCACCCAGCCCCACGUUCACCCACAACCAAACCAAACUGCCCGACAGCGACAAGGACUCGCAUCAUCGUCCCAAGCGAGGCUGGAUCUGGAAUCAGUUCUUUGUUUUGGAAGAGCACAUUGGGCCGGAUGCCCAGUACGUGGGGAAGUUACACUCAAACUCAGACAAAGGUGAUGGCUCCGUCCAGUAUCUACUCUCCGGAGAAGGUGCCGGUACCAUAUUCAUAAUCAACGAGUUAACGGGAGAUAUUCAUGCAAAGAAAAGCCUGGACAGAGAAAAGAAGAGCCAUUAUGUGCUCCACGCUCAGGCCGUCGACCGCUUCACCAACAGAGCAGUGGAACCCGAGUCCGAAUUCAUCAUCAAGGUCCAGGAUGUGAACGACAACGCCCCCAAAUUCCCAGACGGCCCCUUUUCAGCCUCCGUGCCUGAGAUGGCAGACAUCGGAACGUCGGUAUUCCAGAUCACUGCCACAGACGCCGAUGAUCCCACCUAUGGAAACAGUGCCAAGAUCGUAUACAGCGUUCUCCAAGGGCAGCCUUUCUUCACCGUUGACCCCAAAACUGGUGUCAUCAGGACAGCUUUGCCGAACAUGGACAGAGAAACUAGAGAGAUGUACUCCGUCAUCAUCCAAGCCAAAGACAUGGCCGGCUCUGUUGGUGGUCUAUCCGGAUCUACCACAGUCAACAUCUCACUGACAGACGUCAAUGACAAUCCACCACGAUUCCCUCAAAAGAACUAUCAGCUUUAUGUGCCAGAAUCUGCUGAGGUAGGGAAAGCAGUUGGUAAAAUCAAAGCGAACGAUGAAGACCUUGGCGUCAAUGCAGAGAUGACUUACAGAAUUACCAAUGAAGAAGGAGCUGCCAUGUUUUCCAUCUCUACAGACAGUGACAAGAGAGAAGGAAUCAUUUCCCUCAGAAAGCCUCUGGACUAUGAGAAGAAGAAGGCAUACUCUUUGAACAUUGAAGGUGUCAACACCCAUCUGGAUCCUCGUUUUUCUUACCUGGGCCCUUUCAAAGACACUACCACGCUCAAACUCAUCAUUGGGGAUGUUGAUGAGGCUCCGGUGUUUACUAUGGACUACUAUAUCAUGGAUGUGUAUGAAAAUGCUCCAGCUGGGACAGAGGUUGGCAUGGUAACUGCUCAAGACCCAGACAGCACUAGAAGCAAAGUCAGGUAUUCUAUUGACCAAAAUGCAGAAGGUGAUGCACUAUUCAGCAUUGAUGUUGACAGUGGACUCGUUACAACCACCAGGAGUCUAGACCGAGAGGAGGUAGCCUGGCACAACAUCACAGUGAUGGCUUCAGAGAUUGACAAUCCAAAUCUGGUGAGCUAUGUACCAGUCACAGUCCAGGUCUUGGAUGUCAAUGACAAUGCCCCCUAUAUUGCCACAGACAGCGCUCUGGUUGUGUGUGAAGGCUCCAAGACAGGCCAGGUCAUUCAGACCAUCAGGGCUACAGACAAGGACAACUUCGCCAAUGGACGGUUCACCUUUGCUCUACCGGACGACCUUCCAGCGAAUCCAAACUUCACUCUGAAGGACAAUGAAGAUAGCAGCGCGAGCGUGUUGGCGCGGAGGCAAGGCUUCAGCCAGGCAGAACAGGAGCUGUACCAGCUGCCCGUGGUUGUGUGGGAUGGAGGAGAGCCCCUUCUCAGCAGCACCAGCACGGUUACGCUCAGGGUGUGUCCGUGCCAACGCGGGGCCAGAAUGCCAGUGUGCAGGGCUCAAGCCUUCCUGUCCUCGGCCGGCCUCAGCACUGGAGCCCUCAUUGCCAUCCUGCUAUGCGUGCUCAUCCUCUUGGCCAUCGUGGUUCUGUUUGUCACCCUGCGUAGCAAGAAGAGCAAAAAGGAGCCUCUGAUCAUCUCGUCAGAGGAUAUCAGAGAGAACGUAGUCACGUACGAUGACGAGGGGGGAGGCGAGGAAGACACAGAGGCCUUUGACAUAGCAGCGCUGAGGAACCGCGGCAGCCGAGAGAUGAGAAUGAGGAAGGACCUGCAGACGGAGGCGUGGAGGGCAAUGGGCACGGAGGCUCUCAGCCCGUCAUUGACCGUCACGGAUGAGGACAUCCACGAGGUGAUUAAGCUCAAGGUGGUCGAGGCAGACCGGGACACAAGCGGCCCUCCGUACGAUUCUCUUCAGACGUAUGCUUACGAGGGCCGCGGCUCCCCGUCUGGUUCCAUCAGCUCUCUGGACCUGCCGGAGCUUCAGUCGGAGCUGGACCUCAGCGAGGUAGAAAACUGGGGCGCCGAGGUGCAAAUACUUAGCAGAGUCUUUCAAGAGAAAGGCCAGCAGCACGCCCCCUAAUGGCUGCGCAUGUUCCGUCAACCAGAAGUUGUGUGUCGUUUCCCUGAUGUCUGGUCAAAUGGGACCGCAGUGAAGACUGAAGUUUUUUUGUCAUCCAGUUUUACUGUGGGAUUAUUUGACUGUUGUUUUUCACUGGCCUCUACAAGUGGAAGUUGAUUUUUGAAGAAAAAGUUUAAAAUUGAGAAAAAAAUGAGAACUCAUAAAGGAAGCUAUUUUCCCUGGUGUAUAUUUUCUAUUGCUUAAUAAAAUUCAUGAUUCCAGAUAAGUAAAACAUGGCUCUAUUGCAUAUUCCUCCUUUUCAGCUUCAAAGGCGUCCAAUUCAAUAUCCUGGCUGGUUUGUGAUGAC